GACAAGGCACCCAGCGUUGCCACCCUUUGCUUUUUUCACACGGAAAAAAUCCAAAGGAAAAGAGAAUGCCGCGGAUAGUACCACUGCAGUUGCUUCGGUGCCUUCGGGUGCUGUUGGACGACAACGGCGGCAUUUUAAGUGCCCAGGAAGUAAAGCGCAUUUCGGGAUUGAUGGCCAAAUAUUCCAAAAAACUAGUUUCCAAAUGCGUUUAUGUACAAAUAUUGAAAUCUACAAAGACGGAGCUACUCGGGGACUUCAUGUCCGUGGGCGGCUGGUCGCUGGUCUACACCUGGCUAAACGAUGCCAUCCGGGCUAUGAACUGGCCACUGGUCCAGGAAAUCCUCGAGCUGCUGCUCCUUUCCCCGGUGGAUGUCAACCGGCUGAAGAUCAACUCUGCACCGAUCUUGGUCAAGGGUCUGUGCAAGGAUGGCGGCAAUGAAGGUGUUCGCAUUCUGGCCAAGCGGCUGGUCGAGCAGUGGCUGAAGAUUGUGACCGAGAACUCGUGCGGGUCGGCGAUCUUGAUAGCUGCUCAGCCCUCGGCACCUCAGAUUGCUGUCGGCACUCCAUCAGCAGCUUCUGGUGGCGACUCUACCUCCUCCUCCUCCACUGGUGCUGGCGGUAUACCUCCAGUUCACGAUUCGGCAUCCUCCAACGACAGCACGGACAGUGCGGGGACCCCAGUGACGUACACCAUCACCUCGGCGCCCAGGAAUAGCAACUCGAAUAGCAUAACCAUCAAGUGGAAGUCGGCUGACAAGCUAAACCAUGACCCUGAGGACGAUGACGAGGCUGCCGAGGCGGCAAUGCACAAUGACGGGGAGCCGGAGAGGGAUCCCCUGGACACGGCCGUGCUGGGCAAAAAGUCCAGUUCCAGUUUAGAUGAUAGUAGUUCAACGGCGGCGUCGGAGGUUAAGUCCGGCGAGGACGUUCAUGAUAAUAAGAAGCAUAGUAGGAGCUCCAAGAGCGACAAGAGUAAACGUUCCUCUGAGAAGGAGCGUGAGAAGGAUAAAAAGAGGUCCUCCUCGAGCCACAGGUCUUCGUCGUCUAGCCAUAAGUCGUCUUCGUCGUCAUCUUCCUCCUCUUCGAAGAGCUCUUCCUCCAAGAGCUCUUCCUCCUCCUCCUCCUCGCAUCGCAGCUCGAGCGAUAAGCACAGCAGAGAUAAAGAUAAGGACAAGGCUCGCUCUAGCUCCUCCAGCUCCAGUUCGAGCAAGGAUAAGGAGCGCAGCGGUUCUUCGUCGUCCUCUUCCUCCUCGAAUAAACACAAAUCCUCAAAGUCCUCUUCAUCGUCGUCGUCCUCCUCUUCUACGUCGAGCUCUGGUUAUAGUUCGUCCAAGGAUCGCAAGGACAAGUCGUCCUCGUCCUCGUCCUCUUCAUCCUCGAAGCAGGAGAGGGACAAGGACAACAAGCUGAUGCCGCCGCCCACAGCGACGCCAGCUGCUUCCUCGCCUGCGACGGCGACCAAGGAGAGCGAGGCACAGAAGCCCAGAUCCAUUCCCAUUAUGUCCAGAAAGGCCUCCAUUUCGAUAGAGAUUCGACGGGACACGGAGAAGGCCUCCACCGUCAAGACAUACCAGUCCAAGUUUCGUUCUCACGGCCUAACGGAAGAGGCACCGCCUCCACCCUCGCGAAAGGGCCUAAAGAAGCCUACAUCAACGCCUUCGACGACGUCGCUGGCAGCCACAACUCUACCCGUUGUUCCGGCCAUGAAGCGACCAUCGCCACCGCCCAGCCGGGGGGAUUCGCCGGCGGAGAAGAAGCCCAAGAUCGAUAUGAGCACAGUGGCGGGCCAUGUGGAGCGGCCGGGAGCAGCCAAGCUGAUCGCGCCCAAAAAGAUUUCAACCCUGGUGGAGACCAAUCUAUUCUCGGACGCCUUGGCCGCCUCCAUUGAGCCAAAGAAGACGGUGAAGCGAAAGCGUGUCUUGUCAGCCACAUCGCCCACGGAGAAGGAUGCGCCGCUGGCACCGCUCAAGUUUUACCAGGACACGCUGGACGAGUCAAAGAGCGACGAUAAGUCGGACGAUAGCACCAAGGAGAAUGACGAGGGCAAGGACACCGAUGCCGAUGGCGAUGGCGAUGAUGAUGACAUUCCCCUCAAGCGCGUCAAAGAGCAUAUCGAGCAGAAGGUGAAGGAGAAGGAAGCGGCUUCGGCAUCGGGUGAUGCAGGAAAUGCAUCCGAUGAUGCUGAUGAUACGCCACCAGAGCCAAAGAAGCCCGGACCCGGCUGUGGACCGGACGGUCCACCCGGCGUUCUCGUGGUGCAUCGCCGCAAGGGGCCCAAGAAGAAGCUGACCUGGAAGCCGGAGGACAAGCUCACACAGAUCCGUUACUUCGAGGUCGAUCACUCGGAGCGCGUGAACGUGACCAAGCAGAGCUUCAACGAGAUGAAGAAUAUGGAGCGAUUCAGCGAACGCGAUGCCUUGACCAUUGCCAGGCGUGGAUUCGAUGACACCAUGGAGCCGCAGAUGGAAUGGCGACCCCUCAUCGAGGUGGACAAUGUGCCCGAUCAUCCCAAUGGCAAUUUGUCAAAGCAGCGCCAAGUGCAGGCCGAUCGCGAGGCCACCACCCUUCGAGCCCUGUACUUCUCGCCGGACAUGAUACCGGACAGCGCCGCGGAGGCGGAACUGGAGCCGCAUUUUGCCCAUGACAUUCCUGUGAUACCCAUCGAUGAUCUGACCGGUAAUCCCGAUGCGGUCAACGAUUACAGCAACCAGCCUUGGCCCGAACCCAAGGGUUAUGGCAUGGCUGCACCUGGAAUCGUAAACGGAACAAACAUACCCACCGGCGGACCGUCGGAUAUGGGUUUUGUCGGCGAGAAUAACAUGAACACGAUGAUGCCACCACCAAAUAUGAUGCCACCCAAUCCCUUUGAUCCCUUCAUUUGUAUGCGAGGCGCCGGUGGUCCUCCUCCUGGCAUGCCCGUGCCCAAUGGACCGCCACAGAUCUGGCAAAAUCCAAUGGUGGGUCCACCGCCAGCUGGGCCACCCAUGAUGAAUGGACCGGGCAUGGAUAUGAAUAAUAUGAAUAUGAACAAUAAUAUGAAUAUGCCGCCGCCUCAGAACUUUAUGGGCAAUCAGUUUGGCAGUCCAGUGCCGCCCUUCGGAGGUGGUCCCCCGCCUGGCUUUAACCAAUUCCCGCCCAUGAUGAUGAACGGGCCAGGACCGGGCCCAGGAAUGGGACCGGGACCGGGCAUGGGACCGGGUCCGGGAAUGGGACCGGGACCCAUGAUGAAUGGCCCGCCCAAUGGAAUGGGACCCGGAGGACCCAUGCAAAACAGGAAUAACAUAAACAACAAUCGAAACAACAAGAACAAUGGAGGAGGAGGUGUCGGCGGAAACUGGCGCAGCGGCGGCAAUAAUUUCCAGGACAAUUCGGGCGGCAACUGGCGGUCAGCAGGUUCUGGCGGCGGCCCCAAUAAUCGAGGCAACGUCGGAGGCGGCGGCGGCAACGGCGUGUGCAAGGCCUUCAUGCGCGGACACUGCAACAUGGGCAAGAACUGCAAGUAUGUGCAUCCGCAGAAGAAGCGCAUGUAGGACACGUCGCCCGAAUCUUCUGCAGAAGAUUCAGCUGUAUAAAACAAAAUGAGAGAUCUCAGGCGAACUGGAGGAGCCCCAGAUCCUGCCACCACCAAGACUGUACCCAGGUUAGCCGUCGUUAGUUAGUUUUUUGUAUAAUAAUAUAUAGAAUUUAUAUAUUUAAAUGUAUAUGUAUCUGGUAUAUAUGUGUCUGUAGAGAGAGAGAGGCAGCAAAGCCGGAGCUAUUAAUUCACAAGUUGUUAAGUUGUUUAGGCUAAGGUUAUCGCAUUUAGUUAAGCCCAGACAAGAGGAGGUGAUUUGUACUUAUACAAGAGAAGGCUCAUUAUUGCUAUUAUUAUUAACGUUAAUUAUAUUAUGGUUUAGCUAUGUAGAUAUAUGUGUUAUUCCUAAGCGCAUAAAUACUCAAUAUUAAAGACCAAGUCAUAUGAUGAAUUUUCUAAAGCAAAAACAAAAUAUGCUGUACAUUUUCUAACAAGAAAAAAGGGGGAGGGGAUUUAUCCCCUGCAUUUUAGGUACUUUUUUUGUAUAUAUUUUACAUUUAUAAA